AGUAACUUUUAACAAUACCUUGGCGGCGCCUGCGCGCUGCGUACGUCAGUUUCGCCAACUCCCGCCGCACGGCGUUACGUAUCGCUCUUUCGAUUUUUUCCUCGUAACUGAAACAAUCGGUAGUGACGUUUCCGCCAAAAAAGUUUCGCUACACUCGGAUACAUUGGACGUUUCUAAUGGAUAUUGUCGGAUAACAUCUGUGAAUUGCAAUACGUGAAUUUAUAACGUUGCCAAAGUUUCCUACGUUAAUAAGGAUUUAAAUCUUAGUAACUUGUAGUUGUUUCGAUUGCCAACAACAUUGGAUAUUGCCUCACUUCUACGGCAUGCAUCGGGUGGUGCAUCGGAGCUAGGUUCUGUAAUGAGGUGAGCACGCGCAGGCAGGAUGCCGACGAGACUUCGAGCCAUUGUCGACACCGACUAGCCGAUAGGGGCUUACUGCGCUUUUAAUUUCGAGCUGGAGAUGCGACGGCAGGCUCGGAUAUCAACUGGCGGCGCGUUGAUCGUGCGCUCCGCCUCUGCACUGCAAGUAUGGCUGUGGUUGUUAAUAUUUAUAUUUCAAAACGAAAUCACACGAAUAUCCGGAACUAUUAAACCAGGUUACUUGGAUUUCGAUAACCUACCUGAGACGAAUUUUACGUGUGCGGGAAAGGUGAUCGGCGGGUACUACGCCGACCUCGAGACAUCCUGCCAAAUGUUCCAUGUGUGCACCGUAGGUCAGCAGGAUGAGCCUAUGGAUAUCAAGUUCCUUUGUCUUAAUGGCACUGUCUUUGAUCAGGAGACUAGAGUAUGUGAGAGAGUAGAUGAAGUAGAUUGUACAAAGUCUGAAAAGUUUUACAGUUUAAAUUUAGAAUUAUAUGGUAGCACGGCACCACCCAUAAUACAAUCAGAUGUUGAAAAUCAAGAAAAACCUGAAGCUGAAUCAACCGAACACUCUAAACAAACCAAAACUCCUCAUGAGCAGGAAAUCGAUCCAGCGUUAGACGAAAUUUCCUCUACGACCCACGAUACUAGUAAAACUCAGAAUCAGUCAUUAGAUAUUGCAGAUACUACUGAAGAUCCUAUUCAAGAAAUUAAGAAAGAUGAUCCAAAAAAACUCCUACAUCAUCAAUCGACAUAUCAACCUAUACAAGUAGCAGAACAUGAGGAAUUAACGGAAGAAUAUCAAGACGAUGAAGAUACUGUAUAUGAAGACUAUCCACAUUCGCCAACGACGACUACAUCACCAUUUACCACAACAACCACAAGAACAACAACAAGAUCGACGGCACGUUCUACGACAACCUCGACCGCAACAACCACAUUAAAACUACCAACAACGACAAUUUUUUCGUCACCUAGUACAUCAUUUCGAUCAUCUCCUGUAACCCAUUUGUUUUCUUCGCCUUCACCAACGCUGUCUUCAUUAUCACCACCUACGUAUUCUUCUAUAUCUUCUUCAUUGGAUCCUUCUCUUCUCUCUCCGCAAGAAUUUAUCUAUCGUCACCGAGGCCCAGGGUCAGAUGCAAUCUCGUUUCAACGACAAAGUUUUCGUCCAGCUGAUGGGGUUUAUAUAACACAUGCACCGCCCCAGCAAUUUGAUCAUUUUCAAUAUGAGUCAUCGAGAACGGCGCCAAGACCAGCAGUAUCUCGACCAUCUCCAUUUGUUCAACGACCACAGCCAGCACCAUUUCGACCCACAACGUUAGAUCCUCGUGAUCAAUUAUUACGCCCAGGACCUACGUUCCAAUCAUCAGAAAGACACGAAACAUCAGUGAAACACAAACAGUCAUACUCUUCACUGCCACCUCAACGACCUUUACCUUUUAAUACUUUCUAUUAUGAUCGUAAAAGAAGUGAAGAUUCUAUCCCAGAAGAUGAAUCUUCGUUGUCACCUCGAUCAGUUGCCCCACCAACCGUAAACGAAAGACCUCCCACAAAACUAAAAAGUCCGCCUCGCGUGAUUGUCACAGCCAGUGCAUCUGUUAGUGACAGCAAUGGCAAAAGACUAAAUUAUACCGUGGGCAACGUUGUUAAUGCUGUAAAACCUAUUGUACAGAUUAAUUAUGAUGACUACAAAGAGUCAGACCUCCUUUUUGAUCCAUUCUUUCUCGAUGUACCGAAACUGCAAAAACGUCGAAAGAAUAGAUCCUACAGAAAAAUCUUUACAGUUCCUGAUACAGCAACUAUAUCUUCUGAAUUAGCGGCAGAAAAAACAACGGCAACUAUGUCACCUGUAACAUCUCGAGCUACUACAACUGAGCGACCAGCAACGACUCCUUUUACUACCACGGACACACCUGCUUGGAACCCGAAUGACUAUGUCGAUGAUAAUUAUGAACCUCACGCUUAUAUACCGCCCAUUCCACCCUUAGCAAUAUUAGUGCCGCAAGAUCGAAAUAAGUUUAGAAAUCAAGAUAGAAAAUCAAUUAAUGAUUUUAUUGACGACAAGAAUCGUCGAGAUAAAUCUGAAGCUGGUCAUUUAGAACAGUCCAAGCCGACGUCUGCAGCGCAGACAAUCUCUAGUCAAAAUACGAGUGCGGGCUCAGGCGCAGGCGUGGCGCCUACUGUCACCGCCACCUCACUGUCGCCACCGCCACCUCUCGAGGCGCCCACCUGCGCUUCCUCGCGCUCAUCUGACUGUCGGACUCGUGCCUAAUAUAAUAAUUAGCUCACUUUGUAAUGUAGAUAGGUAGUUCCAUAUUUAGGUAGGUAGUGAAUUUUUUAACAAUUUUCGGCACGAUAUAAGAAUUAUCAAUCGUAUUCAAUUUCUAUUGAAACAAUUCUCAUAUCGUGUCUAAUCUUUAAUCUGUUCAUGACAGAUUUCGAUCCUUUAAACUUAAUAUAUUAUUUAUAUAAUAAUGCUAAUUAUGAUUGCUGUAAAUAAAAUAAGGAAAUAU